UGCAAAAGAUAAGCCUGGCCAAGGUGGAACGUUAUUUUUCUUUGUCUGUGGCUUGUUUUUCCUCGAUCAGUCACUUAACUAAACCGAAGCCUCGACGAUGUGUUCAGCAUUAGCCACAUUACGGACUCAAACAUCAGUUUUCGAGUCUUAGCACUCGUUGAAGUUUUGCGACCUACUUUAGCCUCUCCUCGCUGACCAACUGCUAACAAAGCUGCAAGUCACGUUGUCAAGCGUUCAGAAAUCAAGUCAGGAAAAUGUCAGUGACAACGACACUAGCUGCAGGAAAGUUCCAGGAGGAACUUUGUGGAGUAAAAGAGGAGCCCUCACGUCAGCAACCCUCGACUGUGUGCAAAAUAAUGCACGCAAAGGUUGUUCUUCACAGACUCGAAGAUCUAUAUGUCAGCCAUGCCCAUCGUCUUGAGCACCAGGAGUCUGGAUGCGUCAAGGGGGAAGAGGAAGAGUUGCCAUGCAUCAAGGAGGAAGAGUCCGUUCACAUUAAAGGAUUCAGAAAAUAUCUUGAUGCUGAGCCAGAAUCUCCUGGCAUUAAAGAGCAUGUAGAGCUCCCCCAAAUCAAAGAGGAGGAGGAGCCUGAGCCCUGUCAACAGAAGGAGAGAGAAGAGCACCUUCCAAUCAAAAAGGAGGAGGACGAGCUGCCAUAUGGUAAAGAGGAGGUAAACGAGGUGCAUAUCACCAGGUUGACUGGUGAGCCCUUGAAGAGUGAAGAUGGUCCGAGUGAGGCCAGCAGAGGGGCGGAGCCUCCAAGCGAGGGGAGUAGCAGCAGUUCAACAGAAGGAUUGCAAGCAGACAUUGCUCCAUCAGACAGAGAUGGCGCGCAGUCACACUUACCUUACAAUGAUGAUGGUCAUAAGACAUCUCACGGUGACGACAAACUCUGCAAAUGCUCUCAGUGUGGGAAAACCUUUGCUACUAAGCAAAGUUGUCGUAGACAUAUGAGGAUCCACAAUGGCGAAAAACCUUUUUCCUGCUCCGUUUGUGGUCAAGGAUUCGCACAUAAAACAACCUUACAAACUCACGAAAGAAUCCACACUGGUGAAAAACCUUUUUCCUGCUCAGUUUGUGAUCAAAGAUUUGCUCGGAAGCCACUCUUAAAACAACACACAAGAACCCACACUGGCGAAAAACCUUUCUCCUGCUCACUUUGUGGUCAAAGAUUCGCUCUGCAGCAACACUUCAAAGAGCACACAAGAACCCACACUGGCGAAAAACCUUUUUCCUGCUCAGUUUGUGAUCGACGAUUCACUCGGAAGGAUUACUUAAAAAAACAUACAAGAACCCACACUGGCGAAAAACCUUUUUCCUGCUCCAUAUGUGGUCAAGAAUUCGCACAGAAAACAACUUUACAAACUCACGAAAGAAUCCACACUGGUGAAAAACCUUUUCCCUGCUCAGUUUGUGGUCAAAGAUUUGCUCUGCAGCAACACUUAAAACAACACACAAAAACACACACUGGCGAAAAACCUUUUUCCUGCUCAUUUUGUGAAAAAGGAUUCUCUUCAAAGAGAGAACUAGUAAUUCACAUAAGAACCCACACUGGAGAAAAACCUUUUUCCUGCUCAGUUUGUGAUCAAAGAUUUGCUUCGAAGCAAUGCUUACAACAACACACAAGAACCCACACUGGCAAAAAACCUUUUUCCUGCUCAGUUUGUGGUCAAAGACUUGCUUCGAAGCAAUGCCUAAAACAACACACAAGAACCCACACUGGCCAAAAACCUUUUUCCUGCUCCAUUUGUGGUCAAGGAUUCGCACAUAAAACAACCUUACAAACUCACGAAAGAAUCCACACUGGUGAAAAACCUUUUUCCUGCUCAGUUUGUGAUAAAAGAUUUGCUCGGAAGCCACUCUUAAAACAACACACAAGAACCCACACUGGCGAAAAACCUUUUUCCUGCUCAGUUUGUGGUCAAAGAUUCGCUCUGCAGCAACACUUAAAACAACACAUAAGAACCCACACUGGCGAAAAACCUUUUUCCUGCUCAGUUUGCGAUCGAAGAUUCACUCGGAAGGAUUACUUAAAAAAACACACAAGAACCCACACUGGUGAAAAACCUUUUCCUGCUCCAUUUGUGGUCAAGGAUUCAGUCACAAGAGCUCCUUAAAAAGACACACAAGAAUCCACACUGCGAAAAACCUUUUUCCUGCUCAGCUUGUGGUUAAGGAUUCAUUCGGAAGGAUUGGAUAAAGAAACACGUGUGUGUUGGUGUGGGAAGCAGUCGCUAUUGACUGUUUUGUCAUCCGUGCUGGCUUUGAGAUUUUGCAUGCCGGACGAUUGUAUUCCGUUGAGCUUUCUUUAAUCCUGUUGAGGAUUGGCACUUUUCGUAUCUUGCUUUGUCCAAUCGUUGUAUGAUGUGCAUCCACCCUAUUGCCAAAAUCUCACCUGAUUCAACUCUCUCAAGUUAAGUAGCAUUUAUUAAAUAUAAUACUCCCCCUUUUAAACUGUACUUUUCACAUUUAUUAUUUGAAACGACAGACCCCAAAUUCCAAAAAUUCAAAAUCAUACAUAAUUGAUGUGAUUAAAUAAAUAUGGAAAAUUAGUAUAUCUUGUUCAAUGUUGCAAAAUAAUAAUAAAGGAAAUAUUGGCUCAAAAAGUAGUUUUCUGUGGUGGGAUUAAUGUAUAUUUCAUUUCUAAAAAAAAAUCUAUUACAUUCCUACUCGUGAUUGACAGAGGCAUGUUACAACAGAGUAUGAGGGCCUCAUAAAGGGUGUUGGGGAGAAAAUGUUUUGGUGUGUAUCAUUUUUGUUAAAAAAUGAAUAAUCACUGUAAUACAUAAAACGCACAAAAAUUUGUAUAUUUAACUUUAGAGACUAAAUUUAUGUUGAAAAAGUUUUUGUGAAUAACAUGGUCACCUCCUGACACCUUGCUUGCUACAAGGGGCACGUUGAAGGCGCUAUUGGAACGGAAAAGUUCAGUGUUGACAGAGGAGGCGUAAACAGUGACAUUUUCUAAAACCUGAAACUUUCGAACUUUAAAGUGUUUGCCCCUCACCACCCUUGUUUAUUUUUAUUCACUAUGAAUACGUUGUUUUUUUCAUUCCACUACAUUUAAAUAUACUUUUCAUAUUUUAUCCUGCUAUUAUGUGAUAAAAUUAUUAACCAUUUCUAUUCAUUGUUACCAAAUUUUCAACCAAUUUAUUAAGAGGGCUGGGACAAUACAACCCACGAUAUCAUUCACCUCGAUAUGGAAGGGUGACGAUAUAAUACAGCAGGGGUGUCACUAGGUUUUUUGAACGGGGGGCUUUGCCCCCAGCAGAUGCACAGGAUCUAACUGAACGUUGCCUACAAGCACAAAACCUCACAAACAGCUAACAAAUAUUGAUAAUUUAUUAUUAUUAUUAUUGGUGUUGUUUCAGUCUAUUAUAAUACAGUAGAACAACAGGAAAAAUGGCUACAACUGCAAUUUACUUGGUAAAUCGAAGCAUCAAAUAAUGCUGACUGUUUUUAAGGGUGGCAAAUCGGCCCAUCACUUUGCUCUGAGUCCUACAGGUCGAUAAUGGUUGUGGAGUGAAAAUUAUUAGUGUAUUAUUAUGACUAUCCAUCAAUGAUAAUCAUAUGUGUAUGAGCUCAGGUCCUGUACUCAUCUAUGCGUAAAGUGAGAAACAAUUGAUACCCCAGAAGGAAGUCACCCCAUAGAUAGUAGUAAAAAGAGUGCACACUUAACUCGAUAAGCGACCAGGACCUUCACAAUGCAUUUCAGAGUAACUAUCGAGCAGCAGCUAAGUAGCGGCAGCAGCUAAAUAGCAGCGUUAUUGUAGAGCUGGGAUGGAACUUUGGACCGCGAAACAACAAAGGUAAGACGUUCGCAUAUUGUCUGUUGUAUGCAAGCCAGGUUUUUAUUUGUCAAACACGGAGCAGUUGGUUUAUUAAUUACAUGGGAUUCUCUGCUGUUAGUCGAGUGCUAAAUAUUACUACCAGCAGCGAUAAAUAUUCACUUUCUUGGAAAACUUUCAUACAGUGAAGAAAAAAAUGUAUAUGAACCCCCUACUAUUUUGUGAGUUCUCCCACUUAGAAAUCAUGGAGGGGUCUGAUAUUCUAUCGAAAAAGAAAAAUCCAGAAAUCGCAACGUAUGAUUUCUUUACCGAUUUAUUUGUGUGUUACACAGGCAAAUAAGUAUUUGAACACCUGAGAAAACAAAUGUUAAUAUUUGGUACAGUAGCCUUUGUUUGCAAUUACAGAUGUCAAACUUUUCCUGUAGUUUUUCACCAGGUUUGCAACACUGCAGUGGGAAUCUUGGCCAACCCAUCUGUCAGAUUCCUGGGCUGCCGCUGAGAAACAGAGUCUGAGCUCCCGCCAAAGGUUUUCUGUUAGGCUUACAUAGGCGGAGUUUGACUUUUGGGGCAGGCGGGGCACAACAUGUUGAUGACCCCGAUAUGCAGUGUCAACAAUAAAAUUAACUUACAAGAAUAUUUAUUAUAAGUUAAAAAUGAGCGUUUUUUUUUCCCCCCCAUCAUUCUCAAGAGGAAUUCUAAAUCAGGCUGCUUAGGACAGCUAUACUUUUAGCCAAGAUUGUCAUCCGUUGAAUAUGGUACGCCCGCGGGUGUCGUGCCAAUGUAGUUGCCCCCGUCAAAAAUUGCAUCACCUGGGCGAAUUCCCUGAUUUGCUUGAUUUCU